AUUUCUGAAAAAUCAAUAUGAGGACAUAGUUAACAUUCCUUUAGUUACAAUAUUCUACAUCCCUGUCAUAGAAAUAAAAAUUGUGAUUUCAUGUAUAUUUUCAAGUUUGUUCCAUGAAGUGUCAACAUGAAAAAUGACACAGAAGUCACCACAUUUGUACUGAAGGGCUUCACAGACAAUCGUGAACUGCAGAUCAUCUUAUUUUUUCUAUUUCUAGCAAUCUACCUCUUUACUCUGAUUGGAAAUUUAGGACUGGUUGUAUUGGUCAUUGGGGAUUCCAGGCUCCACAACCCCAUGUACUAUUUUCUGAGUGUGUUAUCAUUCUUGGAUGCUUGCUAUUCAUCAUCUGUUACCCCAAAUAUGUCAGUAGAUUUUAUGUCAAAGAAUAAAGCCAUUUCAUUCCUUGGAUGUGCAACACAAAUGUUUCUGGAUAUAACUUUUGGGACCACAGAAUGCUUUCUUUUGGCAGCCAUGGCUUAUGAUCGCUAUGUAGCCAUCUACAACCCACUCCUCUAUUCACUUAACAUGUCACCCAGAGUCUAUGUGCCGCUCAUCAUUGCUUCAUAUGUUUCUGGUAUUUCACAUGCUAUGUUACACACAGUAGCAACUUUUAGCCUCUCCUUCUGUGCAUCCAAUGAAAUUAGACAUGUCUUUUGUGAUAUUCCUCCACUUCUUGCUAUCUCCUGUUCUGACACUCACAUUAACCAGCCUCUACUCUUCUACGCCGUGGGUUCUAUGGAGAUAUUCGCCAUCCUGAUUGUCCUAAUCUCCUAUGGUUUAAUAUUGUUGGCCAUUCUGAAGAUGCAUUCUGCUGAAGGAAGGCAAAAAGUGUUUUCCACUUGUGGCUCUCACCUAACUGGAGUGUCAGUUUACCAUGGAACAAUCCUCUUCAUGUAUAUGAGACCAAGUUCCAGCUAUGCUUUGGAUCAUGACAUGAUAGUGUCUAUAUUCUACACUAUUGUGAUUCCCAUGGUGAAUCCCAUUAUCUACAGUUUGAGGAACAAAGAUGUAAAAGAAGCAAUAAAAAAAGUGUUUGGGAGAAAUUGGUUUAUCAAUAAAGUAUAUUUUUAACACUAAAAAUUAAAUUUAAAAAAAUCAAGAGUCAUAGCCUGUGUCUCAAUAUAAAGAUAUGAAAAAUUGAAAAAUUCAGUUUCAGUUUAUUAGUGUCUUUCCGUUCUUCUUGAAUAUUUUGAAAUAAAUAGUCAACCUGUAACCUCUGCUAUGUUAACACGGACAGAAAAACCAUGCCAUGAAUUUGCUUCUUACUUUGUUCAUGCUGAUAUAUGUACAUAUGUGCAGGUGUGUAUGGGUAUAUAUACAUACAUAUGUAUACACAUACAUACAAUGGUUCUGUUAUAUAUACAUGUGUGCAUAUAUAUGUAUACAUUCAGUAUUUUUUAUAUUAUAAAAAGUACAAUCUGUUCUUAUACUUUAUUUUAUAUUAUAUUUCAUUUUUAUAUUCUAUUUUUAUAUUAUUUUUUUCACCUUAUUUCUUUUUUUUUUUUUUAAUUUUUAUUAAGCUUCAAGUGAACAUUUACCAUUCCAAUCAGUCUGUCACAUGUAGGUUUACAUACAUCUUACUCCUCCCACUUGUUCUCCCCCUAUUGAGUCAGCCCUUACAGUCUCUGGUUUCGUGCCAAUUUUGCCGUCUUCCCUCUCUCUCUAUCUUCCCAUCCCCCCUCCAGUCAAGAGUUGCCAACACACUCUCCAGUGUCCACCUGAUUUAAUUAGCUCACUCUUCUUCAGCAUCUCUCUCCCCCCCACUGACCAGUCCUUUUCAUGCCUGAUGAUUUGUCUUCAGGGAUGGUUCCUGUCCUGUGCCAUCAGAAGUUCUGGGGAGCAUUGUCUCUGGGAUUCUUCUAGUCGCAAUCAUACCAUUAGGUAUGGUCUUUUCAUGAGAAUUUGGGGUCUGUAUCCCAUUGGUCUCCUGCUCCCUCAGGAGUUGUCUGUUGUGCUCCCUGACAGGGGAGACAUCGAUUGUGGCCGGGCACCAACUAGUUCUUCUGGUCUCAGGAUGAUGUAGGUCUCUGGUUCAUGUGGCCCUUUCUGUCUCUUGGGUUCUUAGUUGUCGUGUGACCUUGGUGUUCUUCCUUUG